GAGAGAGAGAGAGAGAGAGAGAGAGAGAGAGAGAGAGAGAGAGAGAGAGAGAGAGAUCAUUUGCUACUAAAAAGCGCUCCAAUCAUUUCCUUCGCGGGAGUGGAGAAGGAGGAGGAGAAACCAAUUAACAAUGGGUAACAAAAACGACGCCGUUUCCCUGGAUCACGUCCUCGCCGCAUCGCGGGAGACCGAGGAGGAGCGCGAGGCUAGAAUCCGCGGUCUCUUCACCCUGUUCGACUCCAAAAACGUAGGGCACAUCGAUUCCUCCCAAAUCCAGAGCGGCCUGUCCGCCAUGCGAAUUCCCUCCGAUUACAAGUUCGCCAAGGAGCUGUUGCACGUUUGCGACGCCAAUCAGGAUGGCAGCGUCGAUUAUAACGAGUUUCGCAAGUAUAUGGAUGACAAGGAGCUCGAGCUCUACGCCAUUUUUCAGGCCAUCGACGUCGAGCACAACGGCUGCAUUGUGCCGGAGGAGCUGUGGGACGCUCUUGUUAAGGCUGGGAUAGAACUUGAUGAUAAAGAGCUUGCGAGUUUUGUGGAGCAUGUAGAUGAAGACAAUAAUGGAGUUAUUACUUUUGAAGAGUGGAGGGAUUUUCUGCUGCUUUACCCACAUGAGGCCACCAUGGAGAACAUCUAUCACUAUUGGGAAAGGGUGUAUCUUGUAGAUAUUGGCGAGCAUGCUGUGAUUCUUGAAGGUAUAAGUAAACGUGCUAAUGCAACCAAAUAUCUAAUCGCUGGAGGAGUUGCUGGGGCUGCUUCUCGAACUGCCACUGCACCUCUUGAUCUAUUAAAGGUGAUCUUUCAAGUUCAGACUAAACAUGUUCCAAUUAGUCAUGCUGUCCAAAGCAUAUGGAAGGAGGGUGGUCUUUUAGGUUUCUUUCGAGGCAAUGGGCUAAAUGUCAUAAAGGUCGGACCAGAGAGUGCUAUCAAGUUUUACACUUACGAAAUGCUGAAAAAUGUGAUUGGGGAUAGUAAUGGGGAUACAGGAAUUUUGGGUCGACUCACUGCUGGUGGGUUGGCAGGAGCGGUGGCACAAACCUCUAUUUAUCCAAUGGAUCUUAUCAAAACACGAUUACAAACAUAUUCUUCCGACAGAGGGAGUGUUCCAAAUAUUGGGAAACUAGCAAGAGAUAUUUUGGCUCAGGAGGGACCUAGAGCCUUUUAUAAAGGGUUGAUACCAUCUCUUCUUGGAAUCGUUCCUUAUGCAGGCAUCGACCUUGCUGCUUACGAGACCCUAAAAGAUAUGUCCAGGAAAUAUAUUCUCAAGGAUGAUGAACCUGGGAUUCUUGUGCAACUCGGUUGUGGAACAGUAUCUGGAGCUCUUGGAGCAACAUGUGUUUACCCACUACAGGUGGUAAGAACAAGGAUGCAGGCUCAACGAACUCAGAGCAGCAUGUCGGAUGUAUUCAAGAAUACUUAUAGGAUCGAAAAGUUGAGAGGUUUCUAUAAAGGGCUUUUCCCAAAUCUUCUCAAAGUUGUGCCAUCAGCAGGCAUCACAUAUCUGGUUUAUGAAGCCAUGAAAAAGAGUUUGCAUCUUGACUAGUUCCACGCUUUUCUUUUCCUCAGCUUGUGUAUACAAAGCUGGUGAUAUUCAUGGAAGUAAUGCCUUAUUGGUGAUCAUUCUUGAGUUUACUCACACUUCGACUAUUUUAUACUAUUGGAUUAUGCAGUUGUAUAUUUUGUUUCAGUUGAAUAACUUCUAGAUGUAUGAAUUGGUUUAUAAAAUUGUUUUAUUCCAAUU